UGGCAAUCUUUUUUGUCACUGUCACUAGUGUCACUGUCAAAUGUAAAUAUUGUCAGAUUUCAGGUUAUAUUAUUAUUAUUUAAUUUAUUAUAUUUUUGUUUACUUUUUAUUGACUUCUUUAAUUACUGAAUAGCAGUAUCAAGAAGUACAAUAAUUAUCAUUGCCAGAACCUGAAACAAGCAUUCUGAAUUCUAGUGUUACAAAAAUAAUCAAAAUGGACCCCAGUGAAGAAAUGUGUAAAAGUCUUGCCAAAUGGUUGCAAAAAAUUGCACCCAACAAAACAAGAUCUAUACCUGAAAUUUGUGAUGGAGUAGGAAUGCUAGAUGCUCUACUUCAGAUAUCCCCCGAACAUUUCAGCAAACUGGAGUCCAAAAUAAAGAGGGAUGUUGGAACCAAUAACUGGCGCCUUAGGAUAAGUAAUCUGAAAAAGAUUCUAGAAGCUGUGAUGGAAUAUGACCAGGACGUUCUCAAUUCACAAAUAUUGGGAAUAGGACGACCUGAUAUUGGCAAAAUAGGGGAGAGUAAUGAUCCUAUUGAACUUGCAAAAUUGCUGCAAUUGAUAUUAGGAUGUGCAAUAAAUUGUGACAGAAAACAAGAAUACAUCACGAUGAUCAUGGAAAUGGAAGUAUCAGUGCAACAGAACAUAAUGCAAGCGAUUCAGCAGCUCGAAGAAGUAAACGGAGGGCAAGGAAGAUCCGGUUUGAGUCUUCUCAUCAUAGACGGCGAUAACAGAGUGAACAAGCUCGUGAACGAUUUAGAAGCGGCAAACAAGGCCAAAGAAGUAUUGACUCAACAGGUGCAGAAUUUAGAACAGCAAGUGCUCGCUAUAGCUGAUGAAAAGAAGGCGAUACAAGACCAGAAUAGAGUGUUCUUGGAAAAAGAGGCACGCAACCCUCAGGAAAAUGUGAGAAAGCAAAUUGAAUCAUUGAAGGACGAGCUUUUUAAAUCUGAAGUUAUAAGGGAUGACUUCAAAGCCAAACUGUUUGAACAGGAGAAACAGUUGUUGACAUAUCAAGAGAAGAUUAAUGAACUGCAGGUAGCUGCAAACGAGUCAGCUAAAUUGAAAGAUGAGAUAGAUGCUCUCACUGAAUCAGCUGGUAAAGUCCUUGAUUUAGAAUCAGCGCUAGCGUCAUACAAAAAACGAUUAGAAAACUACCAAGACAUAAAGAGGAACUUGCAGAAACUAGAAGACAAAAACAUGGAAUACAUACAGAAAAACAUGGAGUUGGAGGAGGAACUGUCGAAAAACAGCAACUGGAAGACACAAUGUGAUGCCUACAAGAGUCAAAUAGUCAAUUUGCAACAAAAAAUAGACGAGGAAACCCAAAAGGCGGACAAAGCUCAGUUCAAUUUGGAUAAACUCAAGUCGAAACUAGUGACAUUGCAAGGAGAAAAAGAACGCCUGAUUCUCGAACGGGACGCGCUAAGAGAAGAAAACGAUGAAUUGAAACUGGUACCAAAAGAAGAAAGCGGCGCAGCAGUGUCUCAGGAACUGACACCUGCUGAUAUGGAGAAAAAACUGAGAUUCCUAGAAAAGGAGAACCGCACCCUGAAGAGUUCCAUACAAGAAAUGGAAUCCAAACAGACGCAGUUAGACAGCUCGUUGAACAGGAUAGAGAAGUUACAGCAAACCAACCGAACCCUUACCCAGAACACUCUAAAACUGGAAGCACAACUGGAAGAACUGAAGCUCCAACAGGGCGAGAAUCAGAUGACGUCCAAUAGCUCGAUAGUCAAGGAGUACAGGCAGAAAGUCCAAGGUUUGCAUGAAACCUUGGCUGCCAAGGAGAACGAGCUGCAGACUUUGCAGACCAAGUACAACAGAAGCUUAGAAAAAGCUAGGGAAGUGGCGCAGCAGCUGGAACUGAAAACUAACGGAGAAGCGGAUUCUUCUUUUCAGCAGUCGAAUUUGAAGGAGUUGGAAGAGAAGUUGUUGACGACAGCGUUUUACAAGUUCAGUCUGAAUUGUCAUAGGGAAGCGAUCGAUGAUAGACUGAGCGUUUUGGGCGUAGGACAAGGUCAGUCGUUUUUAGCGCGGCAAAGACAACCGACGCCUAGAAAGCAGAUACAAAGAUUCAAGUCAAAGUAGUCUCGGUGGUCCUAUGACACUUUGUUUUUAUUUAUUUUCUGUAAAUAGCUGUAUUUAAGACUUUGUAAGUAUUAAUCUACCAGAUAAUUAUCUCUAGACCUAUUAUCGAAGGAAGAUGGAUGUUGGAAUAAAAUAUUUCCAAAA